UGAACAGAUACUAAUAUGCAAUGUUAAUCAUACCGUACUCGUGUUUGAAUGAUUAAUUGAAGUUUAAGUAGAGAAAAGAUAAUAAUUGAAAAAGAUUUAAGUGAAUAUCAACAGAAGCAAAUUGUAAAUAAUAAAGAAAGUUAAAAUCAAUAAUGGUUAUAGGAAUAGCUGCCGGAUUAUCGGCAGGUAAAUUAUUGCCAGCGAUAGGCGGGGUUGCAUUGAAAGUAAUACCUGCCAUUGGAAUAGCUACAAGUGCAGCCGCGAGUGCUGGAAAAAUUGCAGCGACAGUAACAACUGGAAUUAAAGUAGCCACAGGAGUUAUUGGAGUGGGAAAACUAGCUAUUAUCCCCGUAUUAAUUGCUGCAUUAGCUUAUUACCAUUACGAUGUAUUUGACCCUGAAAAUCGACCAUUUAAUGUUAAAGAGGUCGAUCAUGAAUAUGACUUUAUCGUUGUUGGAUCAGGGGGAGCUGGAGCAGUUGUCGCGGCUAGAUUAUCGGAGAUAGCUGACUGGAAAGUUUUGUUGUUAGAAGCCGGUGGGCAUGAAACUGAAAUCUCAGAUGUUCCAUUGCUUUCGUUGUACUUACAUAAGAGUAAACUCGAUUGGAAAUAUAGAACUCAACCGCAAAAAACAGCAUGUCAGGCGAUGAUAGAUAAACGAUGCUGCUGGACUCGUGGAAAGGUUCUUGGAGGCUCAACAGUUCUCAAUACAAUGUUGUAUAUUCGAGGGAACAAACGUGAUUUCGAUUUAUGGGAAGCACUUGGCAAUAAAGGUUGGUCAUACGAAGAUAUUCUUCCAUACUUCAGAAAAUCUGAAGAUCAACGGAAUCCAUACUUGGCAAGAAAUAAGAGACAACAUGGAACAGGUGGACCCUUAACAAUUCAAGAUGCACCAUACUUAACGCCAAUCGGUCCGGCAUUUUUACAAGCAGCUGAAGAACAAGGUUACGAUAUUGUUGACAUUAAUGGAGAACAACAAACUGGAUUUGCAUUUUUCCAAUUCCAUCAGCGUCGUGGACAACGAUGUAGUACAGCAAAAGCUUUUUUGAGACCGGCAAGAUUGCGUAAGAACUUACAUGUAGCAUUGUUUGCACAUGUAACAAAAGUGAUAAUGGAUGAUACAAACAAACGUGCAUUAGGUGUUGAGUUUAUUAGAAAUGGACGAAAGCAGCAAGCAUUCGUAAAGCGAGAAGUCAUUUUAUCAGCUGGUGCAAUAGGAACGCCUCAUCUUCUUAUGUUAAGCGGUAUUGGACCGAAGAAACAUUUAGAAAAAUUCGGAAUUAACGUCAUUCACGACUCACCGGGUGUCGGAAGAAAUUUACAAGAUCAUGUCGCUGCUGGUGGUCUAGUUUUUCAGAUUGAUCAUCCCGUUGGUUUUGUCAUGAAUAGAUUAGUCAAUAUUAAUUCAGCUGUACGUUAUGCAGUUACUGAAGAUGGACCUUUGACAAGUAACAUUGGUCUUGAAGCUGUUGGUUUCAUCAGUACAAAAUAUGCCAAUCAGUCCGAUGACUGGCCAGACAUUGAAUUUCAUCUUACAAGUGCAUCAAUCACAUCCGAUGAUCAAGCCAAAGUUGCUCAUGGUUUAACCGAUGAAUUUUUCAGUUACAUGUACGGCGACGUAAGAAAUAAAGAUGUUUUCGGUGUAUUCCCAAUGAUGUUGCGUCCAAAAAGUAGAGGAUACAUUAAACUUCAAUCAAAGAAUCCUCUAAGAUACCCGCUCAUUUAUCAUAAUUAUUUUACACAUCCGGAUGAUGUAGCUGUAUUAAGAGAAGGCGUCAAGGCUGCUAUCUCACUUGUUGAGACGCAGGCAAUGAAGAAAUUUGGUGCACGCUUCCACGAUAGAAAAGUGCCAAAUUGUCAACAUUUAGAGAUGUACACUGAUGAAUAUUGGGAUUGUUCCGUCAAGCAAUACACAAUGUCAAUCUACCACUAUAGCGGUACAGCAAAAAUGGGAACACCAGAUGAUCCAUUUGCUGUCGUUGAUGAUCAACUUAGAGUGUACGGUGUUCAAGGUUUAAGAGUCAUUGACGCAAGUAUAAUGCCGACAGUAACGAGCGGAAAUAUUGUUGCACCAGUAAUAAUGAUAGGUGAGUUUGUAAUUUCUCAAUGUAUUAAUGAAGCAUGAUUAAUGGCCAUUCACUCAAUGACUCAUAAAAUAGGUGAAAAGGGUGCAGAUCAAAUUAAAGCCCUCUGGCUACAGUCAAAAGAUGAGGACGAUUAUCGCUUUAAGAGGCAGGAAAACUUAACGCUUAAUACAAACUUAAAUGAUGUUGCAGAAAAUCGUAUUAAAAGACAAGAUAACACAACGCUCAGUUCAAAUCAAGAUGAAGUGAAAAUUUCUAGUUGAAAUUUGAUAGUCAAAAAAUUUGUUAAUAGAAAAUAAAUUGUUUUUUAAAAACAUUAGAGAUAAAGUCACAACAUUCAAUUAAGGAGAAGAAAAGGAACAUUGUAAAAUUAUCUGUCAUUCAUAUUUAAAAUUUGCUUUAAUAUCAUUAUUGACGAAUUCUUCUCAAACUCGACUGCAUAAUGACUUAUUGCCCCAUGUGACAUGUUUUUAGUGAUGUAUGAAUUUGUAUCAUAAAGCUCAUAUAUUUUAAUUUUAGACUUAUGGUAUCUAGUUAUAAUCCAAAGACUUUAUUUGAAAUUCUUGAGAAAAAAAAUUGUAUAUUUAAUUGUGGU